UGAAGACAUUAUAUUAUUAUCAUCAUUCGCAAAAGUUCAUUCAACAAAACAAUAGCUGUGCAUAUUUCAUCGUUUAGAUUAUAAACAGUUAUUUUGUUCAAGGAAAUGACUUGGGCAUGUAUUAGUGAUUUUCUCUCCUCAUAUUUGGCGGAAAUUGUUCUAUUCUUUUACGAUACCGCUGAUAAGGCUAAGGAGCCAGUUACUAAACUUCUACUCUAUGAACGAUCGUGUUGGGACUUACUUGAUAGAGUUAACUGUUCAAGUGAUAAUAUAAAUAAUAAACUUUUACAAGCCAGAUCUUCUACUUAUCUUAUGGGAUAUAAAACUUGCUUGGAAAUUCCUACACUCAUUCUAGGGAUAAUCUUUGGGGCUAGCAGUGAUAAAAUUGGUAGAAGAACUCCAAUGUUAAUGGUAUGUUUUGGUACUGUUAUUUCUUCAAUUUUAGCAAUGGUAGAUACAGCUAUUCUGGGAAAAAGUUAUGGCAUUCCGUUACUGAUAAGUGGAUUUGUUCAAGGAAGUUUAGCACCUGGAUUUUUGCUAAGUGUAGCCUGUUUUGGAUAUCUUGCCGAUAGAAUAGGAGAAGAUAAUAGAACAAAGAGAUAUAAUGUUAUGGAGGGUGUGCAAAAUGUAGCUAAUUUAUUCGGCUCAUUAUUAGCAGCUUCAUUAGUUGAUUACGAUGGUGGAGGAUCAGUUUAUAUCGUUGUGUUGGUAUUAAUCUUAGGGACAGUUUUGUCCAUAGUUUUUUCUAAGAGAGAAGAGCAUGAGAAGAGUAACGGCUGUGAAAUGAGCGAAGCAAAGAAAACUUUUGAGACUCUGAGAAAGGAAAGAGAAGGAAAACACGCGCUUUGGUUGCUUAUUUUCAUGGGAUGUGUUCAUAAAUCUUGCAUUUCAGCUACCGAAGAAUUAGUUCUUGUCUUUUGUAGAAGAAAACCAUUGCUAUGGACAAAGGCUACUUAUUGUUAUUGGAGAGCAGCUACGUUCGGAGGAUUAGCGAUAGUCUGUAUAUUAAUCCUUCCUACACUUCAGUCUAAAGGUGUGGAUGAUAGAAAGAUUAUUCUAACUGGCAUAUUCUGCAAGUCGUUGGAACUUUUGGUUAUUUGGUGGGGUGCUACUAGUACCUGGACUCUUUUCUUAGCUACACUAAUCGGAGCUGGUGGUGGGGGAGUUCUAUCAACCAUUAGAGGAGCUUGUACCCAAUUAGUUGAUAGUGAUGAGAUUGGUAAACUGUUGGCUGUCAGUCUGGCAGCUUCUCACCUAUCAACAUUGUUAGGAGUUUCUAUCAGUUUGGCAAUUUAUGCAGUAACGGUUAAUGUUUGGUCUAAGUGUGCUUUUGUUGUACUCUUUGGCUUCAUGGCUCUAAACUUAAUUGCAGCCCAAUUCGGUACAAGAUGGUUGAUGUUAAGUAAGACUGAGAGAAGACAUAUUGGAGCGACUAAGCAGACAAACACUAAAGAUCUUGUAAAUAAAGGGAAUAUAUAGAGAAUUAUUGAGGUUUCUUCUAUCAAAAAUAAUAAAGUUAUAAUAAUUUCUUCCUAUAAUAGGGCUUUUAAAUUAAAAGUAUGUUCAAAUUUUAUGAACUAAAAGAAUUAAAAGAUAUUUAUCCGUUGAAUUUUCUUCUGCUUUAUCUUCUUCUUCUUCUUCUUCUUCUUCUUC